AUGUCUAAGGUCUACAUUGUAUCUAAGACCGAUUUAUUGAAAUACAUGCUAUCAAAGUCACUCUUGACAAAAAAGGUAGGCAUAUGGUCAUUGGCUUUAACAGAAUUCACUUUGACCUGGAAGCCUCAGAAAGCAGUCAAAGGUCAGGCCUUGGUAGAUUGUUUGGCCAACCGCCAGACAGUAGAAGUGUCAGACGAAGAGGUGCAGUCUAUGUGUUUUUCGCAGGAAGCCCUUUGGAUCCUGAAGUUCGAUGGAUUAAGUACUAACCAGGCAACAGAAGUAGGAAUAGUGAUUGAGUCACCUAGAGGUACAAAAUCAACACUUUCCUUUAAUCUCGACUUUGACUGCACUAACAAUCAGGCAUAUUAUGAAGCUCUUCUUAUCGGACUAGAGAUCUUGAAGGAACUUGGUGCACAAGAAAUCUGUGUUCUGGGGGAUUCACAGCUGGUCUUGAAACAAUUGAUCGGAGAGUACAAAUGCAACAUCCUUGCACUAGCACCAUACUAUGCUGCGGCCAUUCAAUUACUUGCUAAAUUUGAAGAAGUUACUCUCAAUCAUCUGCCUCAAGAAGAUAAUUGGGAAGCAAAUGAAUUGGCCUAG